AUGAACUGUCUCUUGGAGUAUUCAAAAGCAGAUGAUGUUCUUGUCAUGAAAGGAAACUUUGAGGGCUCCUCCGCAAAGCUCGUAUCAGUCAUGUCGGAUUUUGUCGAAGAACAGAAGAACAAAGACCUCCUGGAUAUGCCGCGGAUCCGCCAAUUGGACGUCCCUUCGAUGCUCGACGAAGACGACCAGACCAAGAUUGAGUCUGAGAAAGACCGCAAAGAGAAUAUGUUAACGCUGGUUGACGACUCGAACGACGAACCGAUUCCGGUGUCACUCAAUCGUGCUACUAAACACUGGACUUCGGAGACUGGUGGUUUGGGUUUCUUUGCCAAUUUUCAGGAGGUUCUUGGGGAUAUUGCGGCGAUGACUGGUACGGAGAUUUCGGCUAUAGAUGACACACUGGGGAUUCAGGUGACUGGUCAACACCAGGUUGAUGUUGACGACGCUUUGGAGAAGUUGAGUCGGAUUGAGAAGCCUUUGUCCCUCAUUGAAACUCCCCGAAUUACUAACAUGAUCAUGGUGCAACCCAAUGAGAACACUCGCGUUCGGAUUCAGAACUACAGCGAGCUAAACUCCGUGGCCCUGCGUCGGAUUCUCACGGACCCAAAUUUGCCAUCAAAUGCCAUCCUCGACCAGGCGUUUGCUACGUUUCUUCUCUCACUCGACCCGGACACUUUGAAGUUCAGUCUACCGGACAAUCUUCUCAAUCCUUGCAAGGUCUCCAACGAACCCGGCAAAUCGCGUAUCUGGAACGACUUCACUUUCCAAGAAAUCGGAAAGGGAGAUGAGUUCAUCAAUAUGGAGUCAAUUAUUGAGAAGGACACUCCUGAUCCACAGGCGGUGGCUUCUGGAAUUGCCCCUCCUCAUCCAUUCUUAUCCGUUGAGAAAGCCACGCGGGUGAACCAGUGGGUCGUCGAGAGAGCUGAGAUGGAGAACCAUGAUGAACCUGAGCCGGAGCCUGACGCCAACAUCGCACCGCAGAUUGAUCAGCCUGAAGGCCCUCGCGAGACACCAGCUCCUGUCACCGGUGUCAAGAGAAUACCUGGUAUCCGCACGCGUAAGGCUGCUGGGGUCGCUACACCUCAAGCCGCACCAGAGCCCACGGCUGAGAAUACUGAAGCCUCACCCACCGUCCCCGAGAAGAAGACCUCGACUCCUCGCAAGCGAUGGAAGAUGCAGUACGAACCUACCGAUCUUUUACUUGUCAAGGGUUCAGACUCCCCUCGCGACUCUACUACGACGGUGCGACCAGAGUCUCCCGCUAACAAACUACCAAUGCCGACUUUCGAUCCGACAAAGUACGGCUUGCAGAGGCCACCUCAACACUCAGCGAAGAACUCAUGGGGUAGUUCUACUUCUCCGCAAAGCUCAUCAGUGAACGCUGAAGACUCGCCCGUGGCACCCGAGAAAAAGCCGGCCAAGCGUGAGGAGCUUAUCGAUGUACUCACACCAGUCAGUUCUGGAAAGCCAAACUCGCACCCUAUGCUUUCGUUUGACCAACCUGCACUAGUGCCGCAAGUUGCCAAUCGUGUCGAUAGGACAAAUACGCAGGGCAUGCAGGCGCCGGAUAGGACCAAAGGCUCUACUCCGGACUUGCUUGACCUUGACUUCGAAGCAGAGAGCAGAGUCUUGGGACCUAGCCCCGCUACGACCACCCUUCUGAGCCCGACUGGUUUGAUAAGUGACGAGGAUCUGACUUGGCAGGAGAAGAGGCUCCGCGACUUGAAAUCAUCCCUACGCGAGAAGAAAGACACGUCUGGUUUUGACGACACUGACUCAACCGUCUCGAAUAUGUCGCGUCCUCCCAAGGACCGGCGUGAGAUUAACAUGCGCCUCGCCCGUCAGAGAAUCGCAGAACUCGAGAAAUCUGUCGAAACGGUGAAAAACACUAAUGAUGAAACGGACACUAGAGAAUUCUAUCGCACCAUGAACCACAAAGCGGGCAAGCCUAGUGAGAAAGCCAAAACCAAGGCCGAAGCCAAGGCUAAACGUCAGGCCACUCUCGAGGAUGCUUGGGGAAUUCCUAAGCCAGCCAAGAGAGCAUCAGCUGAAACGCCCAAAACGCCAACCAAUCUCAUCGUAAGGUCCAAGGCUGUAUCCUCUGAGGCUAAGAAGCAGGACCUGCAGGACCUGCAACAGGAAGAGGCAGAAAUCAAGAGUGUUUUCGAAGCGUUGAGACCUGCCCUUGAAGCUGCUGAGUAUUUCAGCGGCCUGUUGACCCUGGAAGCCCAACUCGGCCUGGUUCUCAUUCCUCUUUUGCCCAAAACAUAUAACCAGGAUAUGAUUACAGUUGACGAGUGGACAAGGAUAUUCCAGCCACGCAAUGGCCUUCCUGCUCCGACGACGAAGUUCAUCAACCGACUUACCACGACUGGCUCAGAUGUUGACCAUAUCAUUGAUCUCAAAACGUCAAAGGCUGAGGGCAAGCGCCAUAUUUUCGAACAGGACUACACGGAGUAUAGCGUUUCUUACGAGUUUCAUUGUCGAACUACUGCAGACCAGCCUUUCAUCGUAGCGAUCGACGAACAAGGUAGGCAUUCGAUUCGCAAACCGACGAAGACGCUUGGUGCUGUCAACAUGCACUUUCCCGCCCAGAUCUGGGAUGCCAGCAUGGUUCUCUCUGGUGUCAUCGAGCAUAUUGCCGGUACGGAUCCAGAACUCGAAGAGGCAGUUCAGCAUCUUGUCGAUAACCUCUGGGUGCAACCGGACAAGUCCCUCAUCCGUAUCUUCAGCCGUCUGCCAAAAGGAAACAAGUUCGUCAUUGAGAAGGUGCUCAUGAAACGCUGGACUCGCCAUCGACACAUUCGCAACGCAGAUGCUGCUGCUGCUGACAAUGACACGUCCCCAAUGGCAGAAACCCAAAUUGUCGCACUCAACGACAAUGAAAACGACAUCUUCCUCCAGGUCACUGAAGUCCAAGACCUCCUAAUCGGCUCCAGCACAUCAGACAGCCAAGCCCUACGAGCCCGCUGUGCACCCCACCCCGAAAUGAUAAAAAAAGACAGACUCUGGUACGAGGUCUCCCUCGUCAGCCCCGCCAUCGAAGCCUUCCUGAAAGCAAACAUGGAUGUCGAAGUCGGCGAACGCACAGAAGACUGGCGAAGCCCAGAUCUACUAGGAAACCACGCUACCCUCGUCGCUGACAACUACGGUAUGCAUAGCCCUAAUAUCUCAUCCUGUCCCUCGCCGUCCUCGCCAUCAUCUCCUCCCCACCCAGCUCCAUUCCUCAGCCCAGUCGCUUCAGCCGUCGGAACAGCCGGCCUAGGCGACCUCCUCCGCCUCACCAAAACCGUCGUUGAGAAAAUCGACGGCAUAGGAUUCUGGAACUACGGUCCUGGCGUCGAGGCUGUCUGUCUGUCUGCCAUUACCGCCAGUGCCGGUGCCGGUGCUGGAGCCGGUGCCACAGCAGCCGGUACAGUUGUCGGAGCAAACGCUGGCGCUGACCCGCUUUCCAUUCCCGGUACACCUAAGCCUCCUACUUCGUCUGCGUUGGCUUCUGCGGCGCAGCAGGGAGGACUACUUGGGUUUGAUGAUUAUUUAGAUGGUGUGAAGGAGGCGGAGAGUUUGGUGCCGAGCCUUGUGCCGGCGAAGAGUAGUGGUGUUGCGGUUGCGACGGGGAUGGAGAGGUCUUCGUCGACGAGUUCGGCGAGGGUUAAUGGGGUAAAUGAGUCGGAUUACUGGUAA